UUCAGUCGUCCUGGGUACUACAAAGGGGCUGGACCAGUACAUUUCUACCAGCAGUGGGGGGGCAUUCCUGUCUCCACGUGUCCUCCCCAUCACUUGAUACUAUCAGACUUUUUCAUCUUUGCCAAUCUGCUGGGUUUGUCAUACUAUUCACGGAUGACCUGGGCCAUAUUUCCCAGUGGAGCUCCAUCAUGGCUGGGAGUCUUGCAGGCAUGGUUUCCACCAUUGUGACAUACCCUACAGACCUCAUCAAAACCCGGUUGAUUGUGCAGAACCUGCUGGAACCAUCUUACAGAGGGAUCCUCCAUGCUUUUUCUACCAUUUAUCAACAGGAAGGGUUCUUAGCCCUGUAUCGAGGGGUUUCCCUUACUGUUCUAGGUGCUCUCCCCUUCUCCGCUGGCUCCCUUCUAGUUUACAUGAACCUGGAGAAACUCUGGAAUGGACCCCGAGAUCGGUUCUCUCCCCUCCAGAACUUCGCCAAUGUCUGCCUGGCCGCUGCCGUAACCCAGACGCUCUCCUUUCCUUUCGACACGGUGAAGAGAAAGAUGCAGGCUCAGAGCUCGCACCUUCCCCACCAUGGAGGAGUGGAUGUCCAUUUCUCAGGAGCAGUGGACUGCUUCCGGCAGAUAGUCAAAGCCCAAGGGGUCCUGGCACUCUGGAAUGGACUGACAGCCAACUUGCUGAAGAUAGUUCCAUAUUUUGGAGUUAUGUUUGGCACCUUUGAGUUCUGCAAGAGAAUCUGUCUUUACCAAAAUGGUUACAUUGUGUCUCCUCUGAGCUGUAAAUUGACCCCAGGGGUGGAUCAGAGUUUGAAGCCCCAGGAAUUGCGGGAACUUAAAAAGUUCUUCAAAACUGGACAGCUGAAGUCUAAAAAACCAACUCUUUAAAACUGAAUGAAACAAGAAGUGCACUGCCCGAAGGCGUGUUAUAAUCAUAAAAAAAAAUGUCAUCUCAUAACUGUGUGUGCGCGGAGUGGCGAGAGGAUACUCCCAUUUGCUGCUCUUGGAAGUGAGAAGAUUCAGCCACAGAACCAGCUCCAAGCUCCAAACUGAUGUCCUGGUGAUUACCUGUGCCCUGGAAGAGCUUCCCAACACAACUGCUGCAUGGUGGCCUUCCACCAGAUUUUAUAACAAAAGCUAGCAUUAACGAAACAUGCGAUUACACUCCGUAAAUGUGCAACUUACACGACACCAAAGAAAGGGCAUCACCGUGACCUCAGAGUCUCAUGUCCUCGAAGCAGCUGAGCAAGUAGCACAUCAGGAGCUCAGCCACAGGGCUGCAGCUUGCACUAACCCACACUGGCCUCGCGUUGUCCAUUCGACCCGAGUCUUCCCAACAUGCUUGUUUCUGAAACUCCUAAUGUUUGCUGACCUCUGCAUAAAUUACGCCCUAUCAGAAGCUAAAUGAAAGGGGCGCCUGGGUGGCUCCGUCGGUGAAGCGUCUGCCUCCGGCUCAGGUCAUGAUCUCAG